AUGCAGUUGUUUUCUUUCACACUUAUCCUCAUUCAGCUGUGUGUAUUUCACUGGCAUUUUGCUACUGCUUCACCAGUUGAUUUAGCCAAGCGGCAUACGGCGCCGCCUCCAACGAGUGUGUUGCAAACACUUUAUUCCCGAUACUGGUCAUUUCUCGCGCAUGUGAAUUCCGGAAGUACAAUCGAUGCUCAAGGACUCCUGAUACACCAACGCGACGGAAAGUUGUAUAUCGGCGAAGUUGAAAAUGGUCAAUUAUUGCGUGUACAGCAUCAACAGGAUCACUCUCUUCAGUUAAAGGAUAAGCAGCGCUUGGUCUAUGAACCCGGGAGCCCUGUUCAUGUCUCUUCGUCAGCUUCUUCUGAAUUUCUUUUUGACUUUCUACCGAAGCGAUUACAUAACGAUUCCCCGUAUGUUCUACUUGCAGAGGGAUCUGAUCGAUUCAGUGCUUGUAAAGAAGACGGUGAAUGGGUACUCUACAGCGGAAAAGUUGGCAUUACUGACACAGUGUGCGAAUCCAUACGGUUAGUUGGUCUCCGUUACAAAAACUGGAAGCUCGAGAAUAAGAAACCCAAGACGUAUGCUCAAGAAGAUGAUGUGAUUGACACUCCUUGGGAUGAUAGGUUGAUCCAAAUGUAG